CAUAAUCAUGUCUACUGUCAUAAAUCAAUAGCUAUUAUUCGCAUUUACUUUAAUCAAAACAGAAUUAUUUCCAUUCGAAAUCAAUUGUAACCGAAAACAAAUAUGAAUCCAAUAUCGUGUCUUAUUAUUCGAAUAAUGAUUACGGUUUUCAAAUGGAAAAAUUUUCAUUGCACAAUGCCAAUUGGCUUUUGGUUAAUCUUUUUGGGCCCUUUUCAACAAUCAUUAUUAUGGUCAAAUAUUCAAUCGGUUCAUGCAAGUCGAGUGAUUGAAAUGAAUGAUCGACUUGUUGAAGUUUAUCCCAAUGAUAAACGAUCAUUUUUGAUCAAAUUUUAUGCUCCUUGGUGUCAUCAUUGUCAAGAUUUGGAGCCAGUAUGGGCCCAAGUUGCCCAACAGUUGCACAAUUUGGAUGCCAAUAUUGUGGUGGGUCGUGUAGAUUGUACCAAAUACUUAACAGCAGCUAGUCAUUUUACAAUUCGUGGCUUUCCUACCAUUUUGUAUAUCAAUUCCCAAAAGCAAAUUGAAUUCAAAGGUGAAAGAACCCGCGAUGAUAUAAUUGAUUUUGCAUUACGCGUACAUGGACCACCGAUCCGGUAUUUGUCCAGUUGUGAUCAACUUAAUGAUCUUGUUCAGGAUGGUCGUCGUGUAAUUUUUAUUAAUUUUGGUCCUGAAGCUGAUGGUAAUUUUACACGAUUGGCAGCCAAAUUUCAACCACAUGAUUGGUUUUUCCGAUCAUUAAUGUUAUGCCAGGAUUUUCAACCGGGAAUUUAUGCAUUAAAAUCAAAAAAUGUUUAUGCUAAAUUCGAUUAUCAAACAAAUGGUGAUCUUGCCGCUUGGAUACGGCGACAUCGAUUUCCUCAUUUUACUCGUUUCACCAGUACAAAUUUACACAUGGCCUUGAGUAGUCAUAAAUUAUUAGCCAUAUCAAUUGUGGAAGAACAUCGAUCUAAUGGUAAAUUAAUUGGUCAGAAAAAUGUAGCAUUCAAAAAUAUAAUGGAAUCAAUUGCGAAUGAAUAUUCGAAUAAAGAAGAUCAUUUUCUUUUUGGCUAUUCAUCCGAUUUGAUUACAAUGAAUUCAUUGGCUAUUCGUACCAUACAUCCAAUACCUAAUCUUUUGAUAUUAAAUUCAACAACAUUAAAAUAUUAUUUGUUAAGUGAUAAUUUUGAAGAAAUUGGCGACACUUAUCAAACAAUUCGUGAAAACAUUUUGAAAUUUUUAGAUCAAAUCAUAAAUGAAUCCGAAACUUUGAUUUAUUAUGGUGGCGAUAGUUAUAUUCAUCGAAUUAUUCGUUUAUUUUUCGAUACGCUUACAACAAUAUUGACAAUGUAUCAAGGAAAUCCGGUUCUUACAUUAUUAUUACUUGGUUUACCCAGUUCUUUUUUGGCCAUUAUUGUUUAUAUGACAUGUUGUUCAGAUUUUCUUGAUGCUCGUGAUGAUGAUCUGACCGAUCAAGAUGAACAAGAUGAUCAACAUGAAAAACGUGAUUAAAAUUACGAUGUUUAUAAUGAUAAUUAUGUAGCCAUUAUUCUUGAUGAGAUGAUCUCAAAACCAUUUAUAUCCAACGCUUCCCAACAA